CGUUUCUAGCAGCAGACCAUUAUUGUCCUAUAACCAACUCCACCCAGUUCGAUUUUAAGUGCUAAAGCUCCCUUCACGUCUCUGUUUUUAUCUCUCCCUUUCUCAAACAAACGACCAACACCUCUCAUCUUGUUAGACUCAGUCUCCCAAAAUCUCUGCUUCAAGGUUCUAACUCGUUAUUUACUUUUCACUUCACAGGUCCUUAUCUUCCUCAGUAAUCAUCUUUUGAAACUUGGGAUUAGUACCAUUUAUUGCAUAUAUGGUUUAUAGGUCCUUAUCUUUAACCUUCAAUUUGCUACCCGCAUCAGAAUUGCUUUUACAAAUCCUUUAUUGGGUUCUCUUUUACAUCCUCUCUUGUCUUUAUAAAAUAUUAUUUUGGGUUUUCAAUACAUCAUUUUCCAUUUUUAUGGUCUGUUGUUAUGACAUUAAAUGCAGUCUUUGUUAGGUUUUUUCCAAUCUUAGUGAUUUCUUUCUUGACAAGAAAACCUUGAUCCUUGACCCUGGAAUUGUCUCAAAAUUUUCAUUUAGCGUUGCGCUUGAAUGUUUUUCUUGUUUUCUUGAAAAAAGUUGAAGAAAUGGCAAUCCAACUCUGUUCGGAUAAUUCUGCUGGUAUUAGUCCAAGAAUUUCAUUUUCUCAUGACUUGUGUCUCUCGGACAUUGUUCCUGUUGAGCAACACCCUCUUCGAUCAAACUCAGUGGGCAGCAUUGAUUUCGACUUCUGUACUCGUAAGAGCUUCGAUCAGGAAUCAUCACCAGCAGAUGAGCUUUUCUCCGACGGAAAGAUUCUCCCUACAGAAAUCAAGAAAAAGACAGCCCCAGCAAAGCAGAUGGAUAAGUCUUCGCCUCCACUGCAUGCCCUACGCGAAGAUAUUUCAAGCAAGAAAGAGACGAUGAAGGAAGUGAAGGGUGCAAGUGAUGAACUAGCAGAGGAGAAGCAAACCUCAAAGUCAUUUUGGAGGUUCAAGAGGAGUAGUAGUUUGAAUUGUGUGAGUGGCUAUGGAAGGAGCUUAUGUCCUUUGCCACUUCUAUCUAGAAGCAACUCUACUGGGUCUGUACCUAGCAGCGUAAAGAGGGUGCCAAUGUCAAGGGAAAGUAGUUCUAAUCAUAAGCAGCACAAACAAGCAUUCAUGAAGCAUCAAUCAUCAUCCUCAUCAACCAGUUACCAAAAACCUCCAUUGAAGAAGAACUAUGGAUCUUAUGGCAAUGGCGUCCGUGUUAAUCCAGUGUUAAAUGUUCCAUCGGGGAAUUUAUUUGGCUUAGGUUCAAUCUUCUUCAAUGGAAAAGAUAAGAACAAGAAAAAAUGAUUGAUAUAUGUUUGCUCUAAUCAGAAGGAAAACCAUACAUGAUUCAGUCCAAAUUGCAUAAUAUCAUUAUAUAUAUAAUUUGUGGGUUGAGGAUUUUACCUUAAAUUAUACAUCACCUAGGUUUUUCGAUUUAUUGAUGGUUUACCACAUGAGUUAUGCUAAGAAAAGGAAAGUAAAAGAAAAAUGAAAGAGAGAAUGCCUUUGAAGACAAAGAGACAUUGAAAGGUGGAUGGAUGAAUGGAGGGACCUGGAGAUGAUGGUAUAAUUCAAAGGCACAUGCUUUGGAGCACAAAAUGACAGGUAACAAUUGCUUUCGUGGUUGUAUUUUUCUGUAUCUUUGCCUUCGAUAUUUGCUCACACAUGGUGUGUACAUACUUUGAUUUUCGUUCCUUGUUUCACUUUAUACAAUCUGAUGAGCAAGAUAUUGUGGGUAUUGGAUAGAAUAUGAUUUCCUUCAUUCAU